CUCUCUUUGACGAAACGAAAAGCCCACACUCUCUAACGCUCGAUCGUGUGACUGCUUCUACUAGGGUUUCUCCUCCUCGCCGCCGGCGAUGAGCGCUACAAGGCCCGACCACCGGCGGCACCACCCGCCGUUCCUCCGGGACCUCUCAUCCCCGGUAUCAUCUUCCUACCGCCUACCCCCGGCCUCCCUGCGCCGCGAGACCCAGACCUCCACGCCGCCGCCGCCUCCCCCGCUGCUCUCCCUCGAUGACCUCUCGCGCCACUCCCCUUCCCCGCAGCACCACACUCCUCCGCAGGUAACCAUGACUCCGUCGCCUCCUCCCCCUCGUGGCGGCCUCUUCUCCCCGCUGCGCUCCAAUGGCUCCCCCGCCCCCUCGGCGUGGUGGUCCCCCUCGGUGGAUGACAAGGCUAGGGAUAGUUCCCCGGCGGACGGAGUCGUGCAUCACCAGCAGUCCCCGACGACGGUGUCCGGGCAGCAGUCGCAGUCGCAGCAGCAGAAGGUGGCGCUGAUCACGCUGCCGCCGCCCAGGGAGGUUGCGCGGCCGGAGAUGCCGAGGGAUUCGGUGCUCUCCACUGGCCGGGUCGACGAAGAGGAAUGGGUCACGGUUUUUGGUUUUUUGCCUGGCGAUACAAACAUGGUACUAAGGGAAUUUGAGAAAUGUGGGAUAGUCUUGAGACAUGUUCCUGGUCCGAGGGAUGCGAACUGGAUGCAUAUCUUGUAUCAGAGCCAUCAUGAUGCACAGAAAGCUCUUGCUAAACAUGGUCAUCAGUUAAGCAGUGUUCUUAUAAUUGGGGUGAAGCAAGUGGAUCCAUGGCAGCGACCUUAUCUGAAGGACAACACCGAUGAGAACUACCAGGGCAGCGUAUCAAUUCCAUUUCCAUCACAGCCUGUAGUGCCCAGCGGGUUCGCCACCAGGAACGCGCUAGCACCUUUGCCUAGCAAUUCCAUGCAAAAUGGCAGCUUCAAUGAGAGCAGCCAUGGUGCUUCUGGAGCCAUCGCUUCACCUGCAAAAUCCGUGUUGUCCAAAGUUAUGGACUUAAUGUUUGGCCUCUAAAAUCUGUUGUCAAACCUAAUGGUGGACGAACACUUUUGGCCAUUUCAUGGCACGAGGAUCACUGAUCAAUGUUAUGGUUCUAGCACUUUUUACUGUUGGUAACGUUGAUUGAUUAUUCCUUGCCAAAUUUACGUGUUUGCUGCCGUUCUAUCAUCCUGUUGUAUCAGGCGCUCAAUUUGGCGCUGUAGAA